CAGAAGCAUGAAGCAAAAAUCACCUACAGAAAUCACAUGGAAUCUGUAUUCAAGGAGCUGGAGCACAAAGUAAUCACUCUGUUGAAAAAUGAGCUGCACAGGUUCAAGAAGUUACUUAGUCUUGAUUACCCAGCAUGCACUGAGGAGGAGGAGGAGGAGGAUCUGCAGCAUGUCAGAGAAGGUGUGCUGAAGAUCACACUGCACGUCCUGAAGAACAUGAAGCAGAAAGAUCUCGCUCACAAACUGCAGAUCAAGCUGGCAUCUGUGUAUCAGCGGAAGCUCAAAUCCAAACUUAUAGAUAAAUGUAAAAGAAUUAAUGAAGGAGUCUCUCAGCAUGGGACAUCAACACUUCUGAAUCAGAUCUACACAGAGCUCUACAUCACAGAGGGUGGGAGUGGAGAUGUCAAUAAUGAACAUGAGGUGAGACAGCUUGAGACAGCAUCCAGGAGACCAGCAGUAGAGGAGACGUCCAUCAAAUGUAAUGAGCUCUUUAAAGACAAGUCCAUCAGAAGUGUGCUGACUAAAGGAGUAGCUGGAAUUGGAAAAACUGUCUCUGUGCAGAAGUUCAUUCUGGACUGGGCUGAAGGGAAAGUGAAUCAGGACGUCCUCUUCCCAUUUCCUCUUCCUUUUAGAGAGCUGAACUUGGUGAAGCAGGAAAACUUUAGUCUGAUGAGUCUUCUUCAUCAGUUUUUUCCUGAAAUUAAGGAUUUGGAAGUAAUAGACAGUGAUGUCUACAAAGUCCUCUUCAUCUUUGAUGGUCUGGAUGAGUGUCGACUUCCUCUAAAUUUCCAGACCAAUAAGAGAUUGUGUGAUGUGACAGAGUCGGUCUCACUGGAUGUGAUGCUCACAAACCUCAUCAAGGGGAACCUGCUUCCCUCUGCUCGCCUCUGGAUCACCACUCGACCAGCAGCAGCCAAUCAGAUUCCUCCUGAGUGUGUAGACCAGGUAACAGAGGUACGAGGGUUCAGUGAUCCUCAGAAAGAGGAGUACUUCAGGAAGAAGAUCAGUGAUCAGAGCUUGGCCAAUAAAAUCAUCAGACACAUGAAGUCUUCCAGAAGCCUCUACAUCAUGUGCCACAUCCCAGUCUUCUGCUGGAUCUCAGCCACUGUUCUAGAGAGAAUGUUGGGUGAAGCAGAGAGUGGAGAGAUCCCCAAGACCCUGACUCAAAUGUUCACACACUUCCUGGUAUUUCAGAUCAAACACAAGGACCAAAAGUACCAGCAGAAAUGUCACAUUGAUAUUCCCCAGACCAGAGAGAGUAUCCUGGCUUUGGGAAAACUGGCUUUCCAACAGCUGGAGAAAGGAAACUUGAUGUUCUAUGAGGAAGACCUGAGAGAGUGUGGCAUUGAUGUUAAAGAAGUGGCAGUGUACUCAGGAGUGUGUACUCAGAUCUUCAGAACCGAGUCUGGACUCCACCUGGGGAAGAUGUUCAGCUUUGUGCAUCUGAGUGUUCAGGAGUUUUUGGCUGCUUUAUACACAUUUAUCUGCUUCCUCGACAAAAACACAACAAUAAAACAAACCACUGAUCUAUCUGGUCUUUUCACUAAGUCAGAAAUGUCUGAGUUCCUCAAGAGUGCAGUGGACCAGGCCUUACAGAGUCAGAACGGACAUUUGGACCUUUUCCUCCGCUUCCUUCUGGGUCUCUCAGUGGAGUCUAAUCAGAAGGUCAUUCGAGGUCUGCUGACAUACACAGGAAGCAGCUCUGAAUACCAAAAGGACACAGUCGAGUACAUCAAGCUCAAAUUUGAACAAAAUCCAUCUCCAGAGAGAUUAAUUAAUCUGUUCUACUGUCUAAACGAGUUAAAUGAUGAUUCACUGGUGAAAGAGAUCCAAAGCUACAUGAGCUCAGGACGUCUCUCUGAAGCUGAACUCUCACCUACUCAGUGGUCUGCUCUGGUCUUUGUGUUACUGACAUCAGAGGAGGAUCUGGAAGUGUUUGAGCUUCAGAAGUUCAUAAAGUCCGAUGAAUGCUUUAAGAGACUGCUGCCAGUCGUACAGGAAGCCACAACAGCUCUACUAAGUGAGUGUAACCUGACAAAGAGAAGCUGCUCGGCUUUACACACAGUUCUCAGAUCAGAAUCCUCCAAGCUGACUGAGGUGGAUCUGAGCAGGAAUCCUCUGGAGGACUCAGGAGUGAAGCUGCUUUGUGCUGGACUGAAGAGUCCAAACUGUAAACUGGAGACACUGAGACUUUCAGACUGCAGUAUAAGAGGGGAAGGAUACACUGCUCUGGCUGAAGCUCUGAAAUCAUCUCGCCUGAUAGAGCUGGAUCUCAGAGGGAACGACCCUGGAGACUCAGGAGUGAAGCUGCUCACUGAUUUACUACAGGAUCCAGACUGUACACUGAACACACUGAGUCUGUUGAAAAGUGCUGAGGCGAUGGAAGCCUGUGCUUCUUUAACUGAGGUUCUGGGUACAAACCCUUUACUGCAGAGAGAACUGGAUCUGAGUGGGAAAAUAUCUGGAGACUCAGGAGUGAAGCAGCUCUCUGUUCUACUGAAGGAUCCACACUGCAGACCUGAGAAACUCAGGCUGAGUAAGAGCGGUAUUACAGAGAGAGGCUGUACUGAUCUGAUAUCAGCUCUUACUUCAAACCCUUCACACCUGACAGAGCUGGACCUGAGUGAGAACACCCUGGGAAAUGCAGGAGUGAAACAGAUCUCUACUCUACUGAAGAGUUCAUCCUGUAAACUCCAGAAACUUGUACUUUCAGACUGCAGUAUAACAGGGGAAGGAUACACUGCUCUGGCUGAAGCUCUGAAAUCAUCUCACCUGAUAGAGCUGGAUCUCAGAGGGAACGACCCUGGAGACUCAGGAGUGAAGCUGCUCACUGAUUUACUACAGGAUCCAGACUGUACACUGAACACACUGAGGUUGUUAAAAAGUGCUGAUGCAGAGGAAGCCUGCAAGUGUCUCACUAACAUUGUGGGUAAAAACCCGUUACUGCACAAGGAGCUGGAUCUGAGCUACAGAACUAAAGACAUUAAAGUGAAUCAGCUCUCGGCUUUGCUGCAGGAUCCACAUUACAGACUGCAGAAACUCACUUCUCACCCAGUCAUAUGAGUCUGGUAAAAACAGAAGAAUGUGUGUAUGAAGAGCACAAACC